CAAGGGAGGUACAAUGUCCUCAGUUCCGAAGGCAUAAGCAACUACCGCAGACUGGCAUCCAGCAUCGUCCGUUCGUCCUCUUAGCUACUCGAACUCCAGGCGGGCUCACUCGGCUCGCCCUCUUCAUCAGUCGGUCACGCAAUCACGGCUCACGCCGGUCUCUGGUCGGCCGUCGGCGCACGACGCCUCUGUUUGCUAGCCUCUAGGUCUCUGCUCGACUGAGCCUUGUUGUUCUGCUCUUCGCCUCUUCAGAUUUGAGAUCCGUCCCUGCUUUUAACCUUUUGUGGACCUACGAUUCUGCCCAGCUCCUUCGGCCCUUUCCGCCCUUCUCACCUUUUGGGCUUGUUGAAUGGCUUGCCUUUCAUCUGGUACCAGAGCAGCAUCUUAUGCUUCCUCGAGUUUCCUCUCCAAUCAGCAACAUUACUUUCUGCAGCAGCAGAUCUAUCGCCUGAGCUUUUCCUACAUCAGACGUGUCAAUGUCCCGCUUAAUUUUCGCUCUCCCCGGAUUUGCACAUCUCACAGAUUGGUCCAGCCCAUUUUCAAUGCCUUUUCUUCUUACAAUGACACAUCUCAGGAAGGAAGCGUGGUUGUGUUGGUCAUUGGUGGAGGAGGAAGGGAGCAUGCACUUUGUUUUGCUUUACAACGAUCACCUACAUGUGAUAUGGUCUUUUGUGCUCCUGGUAAUGCUGGAAUUUCUCUUUCAGGAGAUGCUACCUGCAUACCGGACCUAGAUAUAUUCAAUAGUUCAGACGUGAUCUCAUUUUGCCACAAACGGGGGGUUGGGCUGGUUGUUAUUGGGCCCGAGUCUCCUCUUGUGGCAGGCCUCAGUAAUGCUCUUGGUAAGGCAGGAAUCCCGACCUUUGGCCCUUCCUCAGAAGCUGCUGCCUUGGAAGGGUCAAAAAGCUUCAUGAAGAGAUUGUGUGACAAGUAUGGGAUCCCUACAGCAAAAUAUCAAACAUUUACUGAACCAUCAAAAGCAAAAGAGUACAUUAAACAGAAAGGCAUCCCCAUUGUAAUUAAAGCAGAUGGAUUGGCUGCCGGUAAAGGAGUGAUCGUUGCCAUGACACUUGAGGAAGCAUUUGAGGCUGUAGACUCGAUGCUUCUGGGAGGCAUGUUUGGCUCUUCGGGCUCACAAAUUGUUGUUGAGGAGUACCUGGAAGGCGAGGAAGUUUCUUUCUUUGCAUUAGUGGAUGGCGAACAUGCCAUACCUUUGGAAUCCGCUCAAGACCAUAAACGGGUUGGGGACGGUGACACAGGACCUAAUACAGGUGGAAUGGGAGCUUAUUCUCCGGCACCUGUUCUGACAAAAGAACUCCAGUCUGAGGUUAUGGAGUCUAUCAUUCUUCCCACUGUGAAGGGAAUGGACGCAGAAGGGUGCAAAUUUGUUGGGGUUCUGUAUGCCGGGUUAAUGAUUGAGAAGAAAUCUGGACGACCAAAGUUAAUAGAGUACAAUGUGCGUUUUGGAGAUCCUGAGUGCCAGAUGCAGGUCGGUCUGGCACUGGUUUAGGCUUGGGCCCGGUGCCGGAGUGGGAGGCAUUGAUGGUUCGCUUGGAAUCUGAUUUGGUUCAGGUCCUGCUUGCAGCCUGUCAUGGAGAGCUAAAUGAGGUAUCCCUGAACUGGUCACCAGGGUCAGCUAUGGUAAUAGUAAUGGCCUGCGAGGGCUAUCCCGGAAAAUACAAAAAGGGAUCAGUCAUUCAUAACCUCGAGGAAGUGGAGCAUAAGAGUUCCUCAAUGGUGAAAAUUUUCCAUGCCGGAACAUCUGUGGACGCCGAUGGAAAUUUCAUUGCAACUGGAGGACGCGUCCUUGGGGUCACCGCCAUAGGAAAGGAUCUUGCAGAGGCACGUGACAGAGCGUACCAUGGCGUUGAGCAGAUUGAUUGGCCAGGUGGUUUCUACCGGAGGGAUAUUGGUUGGAGAGCGCUGUCUUCCAAACAGCAUGGUCCCCAGUAAAAUGUUGGGUGUGUUUUUGUACUUGUUAUAUGGCGACUCUUGCUAAGGCCAUACCGGGCUCGAUGCAUUGGGAUGCUUGUUUCUGUUUAGAUCUUGGUAGGGUAAGAAAUUAGAAGGGGAAUCAGGGAAAAUAUCUGCGAGUUAAUUUAUUGCUAGCAAUUGAGAGAAAACAAUAAGACCAAAAUAAUGUGAUUUUUUCUAUACACCAACUACUAGUUUGCAUGAUCCUCGCUAACAAUAUUUUUUGGUGAUCCUAGAUUCCUAGAUGCAAAUUUGUUUAGGCGUACCCGACAAAAAUGUUAGAAUUGCUGUAAAUGAAGUUCUUGUGUACAAGAGUAACAUACAAGUAUGGUGUGAGAAACAAAAU